AUGACGAAAACGGUCAAGCCUAUUACUAAUGCUCGUCGUAAUACUAUCCUAAUAGACUAUCGCGAGAAAUUAGUUCCUAAUGAAGGAAAAACUCCUCGUAACCUUCUUAAAGUGAUGAAGUCCCAUUCUGGACGUAAUAAUCAAGGAAGAAUUACUAUGCGGCACCAAGGAGGUGGUCACAAGAAAAUUUAUAGAGUAAUUGAUUUUAAACGUUAUAAUAAAGACGAUGUUGACGGUAUAGUAAAAACCAUUGAGUAUGAUCCUAACCGUAAUUGUUUUAUUUCCUUGAUAAGUUACCGCGAUGGUAGUUUCGCUUUUAUAAUUGCUCCUGAAGGAUUAAAAGUAAAUGAUAAGAUAAUAAGUGGAGAAAAAAAAAAUGUUCCUUUAAAGGUAGGCAAUAAUCUUCCUUUGCUUUAUAUUCCGAUUAAUACCCCAAUUCAUAAUUUAGAAUUAAAGCCAAAAAAAGGUGGGCAGUUGCUCCGGAGUGCUGGUACUUAUGGAGAAAUCAUUGGUAAAGAACAAGGCAAUGAGUAUGUGCUAGUUAAAUUAAUGUCUAAGGAAGUUCGUAAAGUUUUGGCUGAUUGUCGGGCUACGAUUGGAAAAGUAAGUAAUAGUGAAGCUAAUCUAGUAAGACUGGUUGAUCAUCCGCAUGGAGGAGGUGAAGGAAAGGCAGGAAUUGGUCGUCCUUCUCCACUUAGUCCUUGA